AACGCGCACGCCUUGAUCCCUCUCCACUUCACAACACCACCGCUCCACUGUCCCCACAAGAACGCAGCUGAACACGAGCCCACAGGGACAGAGAUCGAUCGGUGAGACAUGGCCACCAAGCGCUCCUUCGCCUUCGCAGUGCUCUGCGUCGCGCUGGCGCUGCACGCCGCGGCGGCGGCCAGGACCGCACCGGCGGGCGGCUCCGGCGGCGCGCCCAUCGCCACCGCCACCGCCUCGCUCCCGGCCGCCACGGCCAAGAACGGCGGUGCCACUACUGGCGCCGGCGUUACGGACAAGAAGAACCUCUUCGUGGGCGUGGGCGGCAUGGGCGACCUCCCGGGCUUCCCGGCCGUCGGCGCCGGGUACGGCGCCGGCUUCGGCAACAACGGCGGGGGUGUCUUCAGCGGCGUCACGGGCCCGCUCGGCGGCGUCGGUGGCGGCGUCGGAGGCGUCGGCCCGCUCGGCGGAGUCGGUGGCUUCGGCCCCCUCGGCGGCGGCGGCGGCGGCGGCGGUGGCAUCCCGUUCGGCGGCUUCGGCGGCGGCGGCGCCCCGUUCGGCGGCUACGGCGGGGGUGCUGGCGGCGUCACGCCUUGAGGAGCUGCAGGAGCCAUGGCGACGUCGGCUCGUGCAGGGUGCAUGGCGUUCGCGUGCAUGUGUUUGUGGUUCGCGAGUGGGGCAUGAUGUAACGUGUCCCAAGUUCCUUUCGGUGUUGUAGCUGUGUGUGAAGCAUGUCCGUGUGCGCGUGUGGCUGCAGGGCAGAGAGGUCGGAGUCUGUAAAAGUUUGGGCUUGGUGUUUGUUGAGUUGGGAGGCUCGAGUAGGUGUCCUUUGUGUGUGGUUCGGAUCCAGUGACGUGUACUCGUGUACCAGUUCCUUGCUAGCUAGUUCAAUGCUAUGCGCGUUCGUGCUCAA